UCUAUUUUUUUGGGCACAAUGCGUUCAUGGAUUCUAGGGUUUUGAGAGAUGAACUUCUUAGCGCUCCUUACCUCCGCGGGGAUCAACAUUGGCCUCUGCUCCCUCUUCUUGAUGCUCUACUCCAUCCUCAGAAAGCAACCAGGGAACGUCAAUGUGUAUUUCGGCCGGAGAAUCGCUGAAGAGGCUUCGCGCCGCUCCAAUUCGUUUACUUUUGAGCGGUUCGUGCCCUCCCCCAGUUGGAUCGUCAAGGCUUUGCAGUGCAAGGAGGAGGAGAUCCUCUCGGUUUCUGGCCUCGAUGCCGUCGUUUUCUUGAGACUCAUUGUCUUCAGCAUGCGUAUCUUCUGUAUAGCUGCCGUUGCAUGUGUCUUUGGUAUACUCCCUUUGAAUUAUUUUGGGCAGGAAACGAAACACAAGAGUUUUUCUUCAGAAUCACUAGAAGUUUUUACCAUAUCAAACGUCCAAGAAGAAUCAAGCUGGUUUUGGGUUCAUUGUCUUGCCUUGUACAUAAUCUCUAUUUCAGCUUGUGUUCUUCUCUAUGUAGAAUACAAGAGUAUUGCCAGAAUGAGGUUGGUACAUAUUAGGCAAUCUCCGAAUCCGAGUCAUUUUACAGUUCUUGUACGUUCAAUUCCAAAAUCACCUGAGGAAUCAUACAGUGAUUCUGUCAGGAAGUUUUUCCAGAAGUAUCAUUCAUCAAGUUAUUUAUCGCAUCAAAUGAUAUAUAAAACUGGGAAAGUCCAGAAAAUAAUGACCAAUGCUGAGAAGGCCUAUAGGAAGUUUAUGCACUUAAAGAAUAUUGCAAUUGACCAGAAAUGUAUUUCUGGCAUCCAUAGAUGUUGUCUUUGUGCUGCUUCAUCAGAUACUUUUCAGUUACAGUGUAAUGACUUCGAGCUCAAUUCGAAGAAAACUGACCUGGAUCAUUCAAAUUCAAGUAAAAUAGAAAAGGAAUGUUCUGCAGCAUUUGUAUUUUUUAAAACACGUUAUGCUGCAGUCAUUAUUUCAGAUGUCCUGCAGUCAUCAAAUCCUAUGGUCUGGGUCACUGACUUGGCCCCUGAGCCACAUGACGUUUACUGGUCAAACCUUUGGUUGCCGUAUAGGCAAUUAUGGAUACGCAGGAUAGCAACUCUUUUAGCUAGCAUUGUUUUUAUGUUUCUAUUCUUGAUCCCAGUCACAUUUGUGCAAGGUUUAUCCCAACUUGAUCAACUGCAGCAAAAGCUUCCAUUUCUGAGGGGAAUAUUAAAAAAGACCUUUGUUAGUCAGAUAGUGACCGGCUACCUCCCAAGUGUCAUUUUACAGUUAUUUCUCUAUAGUAUUCCUCCUAUAAUGAUGCUAUUUUCUACACUAGAGGGGCCUAUAUCGCACAGUGAACGGAAAAAGAGUGCAGCAUUCAAAGUCUUAUAUUUCACUAUUUGGAAUGUGUUCUUUGUUAAUGUUUUGUCUGGGUCUGUUAUUAGCCAGUUGAAUGUAAUUUCUAGUCCAAAAGGAAUUCCAACACAACUUGCAAAAGCUGUACCGAGGCAGGCAACCUUUUUCACCACUUAUGUUUUAACAUCAGGCUGGGCAAGUUUAUCUUCUGAAGUAAUGCAGCUUUUCCCCCUUAUUUGGAACCUUCUUAAAAGAUAUAUAUUUCAGAUUAACAGCGACCAACUUUCCAUUCCAUCAUUUCCAUACCACACUGAAGUUCCAAAAGUCCUUCUCAUGGGGCUUCUUGGUUUCACCCUCGCCAUAUUAGCACCUUUAAUAUUGCCCUUCUUGCUUGUGUACUUCUUCCUUUGUUAUGUCGUAUAUCGCAAUCAGAUUCUUAAUGUGUACUGCUCAAAAUAUGAGACUGGAGGACGCAUGUGGCCAAUUAUGCACAACACUACGAUUUUCUCCCUAGUGCUCUCGCAGAUCAUCGCACUCGGAGUUUUUGGGUUGAAAAAAUCACCUGUUUCCGCAGGUUUCAUGAUUCCACUAGUCAUAUUGACCCUCCUUUUCAACGAGUAUUGUCGACAACGUUUUAAUCCCAUUUUCAAGAGUCUGUCUGCUAUGAAUCUUAUUGAAAUGGACCAAGAGGAUGAACAGUGUGGAAGAAUGGAAGAAAUACAUCAGCAGUUGCAUACGGCAUACCAACAGCUCCCGCCAGAUGAGAUCGACUUUUGCAGUGGUGAGUGCUCUGGUUCACAUGAAUUACAUGAAAAUGAAGGUUCACGAACUAUCCAACUCGAUGAUGACAAAGAUCAAACCAAUGAUGACAAUGAUUGUCGUAAGCCACUGGAAAAGAUCGUACCUGUUGCGUGAUGAAACCGAAUUGCAUCUGCAGUUUGAUAUACUACACCAUAGUGAAAUUCAUUAAAUCAUAGUUCACAGAAAUCAGUGUUUGCAAAUAUUUAUCUUAAUUGUGUCAUAGGAUGAACAAAAGCAGUAACAUUUUGUGCAUAUGAGUGUGUUUAUAUAUACAUAGAUUGUACAUGCUCGAACAUUUACAAUUCUUUUGAUUUCUGAGUUUUAUCAAGGGAAAUACAAUCAUAAUUCUUGCCG